GAUUGUCAGUGUCAUUCAUCGAUUGCUGUCAGUGUAUCCAGAAAAAAAGUCGGUGCCGUAAAGAAAUAUAUUCGACGUGCAAAUUGCUAAAAAUUAGCAGAAUUGCACAAGUAUUUUGCAAAUAACAAUUAUUACCGCAAGCCGGUUGCAUUUAUAUGGAAAAGCUAUUUAAAGUAGCUUGAAAAGCACAUAUUGUGCAUACCGAAUGAAGUGAAAACGACGUCUGUUGUAAAGCAGGAGGUGCAACACGAUUAGAAGGAGGGUACCACGAAAGGAAAGCAAAAAAAAAAAGAUCAACGAGAAACGAAUUAAAAGCGAACACAAAUAAAAGAUACGCCUUAAAACAACAAGGAAACUUAUCAACUGACUAACCGACCAAUCUACUAACCAACCAAACGACAGAACGAGAGUAUAACAUAGAAAGAAAUAAGAGUAGAUCGAUUGAACGCGAAACAAGAACAAAUAAAUAUAAAAGUAUUUUUUAGACAAACAGUGACAGCAAUCGCAAUAGCUACAGCAGUCGCUGAAACAAUACACGCGCCCUGCAGACACGCGCUCCAAUGUCAAGCGGCCAAGUAAACGUCGGCGGCGGCAGCAAUGGAGCAGGCAGCGGCAGUGGUAGCGGCGGUGGAGGGGGCAAUACAGCAGAACAAGCGGCGCCACAGUCGCAACAACAAUCACAACCACAACAGCAGCAACAGCAACAGCCGCCACCACAAAUCAUUGGCGCUUCAACGACUACAGUCACCGCAGAUACGGUCAAUAUGGCAGCGGAUUCGUCACCGCGUGAGUCAGGCGAUGAUUCGGAGGAUGAAAGUGAAAUCCUUGAGGAGUCACCUUGUGGAAGAUGGUUGAAAAGACGUGAAGAAGUUGAUCAGCGUGAUGUGCCCGGUAUCGAUUGUGUCCAUCUGGCUAUGGACACCGAAGAGGGCGUAGAGGUUGUUUGGAAUGAGGUGCAAUAUGCGAAUUUACAAGAGCUUAAAUCGCAAGAAGAAAAAAUGCGACAAGUGUUUGACAAUCUAAUGCAAUUAGAUCACCAGAACAUUGUCAAGUUCCAUCGCUACUGGACGGACACACAGAAUGCAGAUAGACCACGCGUCAUAUUCAUAACCGAAUACAUGUCGUCGGGGUCGCUGAAACAGUUCCUCAAACGCACUAAACGCAAUGCUAAACGUUUGCCAUUGGAAGCGUGGCGCCGCUGGUGUACACAGAUUCUGUCCGCGCUGAGCUACUUGCAUUCCUGCACACCGCCUGUUAUACACGGCAACCUCACCUGUGAUAGCAUUUUCAUCCAGCAUAAUGGUCUGGUGAAAAUCGGUGCCGUUGUGCCCGAUGCGGUACAUUAUAAUAUGCGCCUGCAUCAUCGAAGCGAUCAAAGUGCGACACAUCACUUUAUGGCACCCGAAUAUGGUGCAGCCGAACAGUUGACUGCCGCCGUUGACAUUUAUGCCUUCGGUAUGUGUGCGUUGGAAAUGGCUGCUUUGGAAAUUCAGCCCAGCGGCACUGAAACGAGUUCCAUUAAUGAGGAGACGAUAUUGCGAACUAUUAAUAGUCUGGAGCAUGAUUUGCAGCGUGAUCUUAUAUUCAAGUGUUUACGUCGCAAUCCUGCUGAGCGCCCAAGUGCCAACGAUUUGUUAUUUCAUCCCUUACUCUUCGAGGUGCAUUCACUCAAGCUGUUGGCUGCUCACUGUCUAGUAUUCGCCCCCAAAAAUAGGACAAUGUUUUCAGAGACCGUCAUAGAUGGGAUGAUGCAACGCUAUAAUCGACCCGAAGUCAUUAUGGCUCGCGUCUCACGUGGCGAAGAAGAGAAGGACUAUCGUCUUUCAGACGUGCCUACAGCAGAUAAGCUGGAGAAAUUCGUAGAAGAUGUGAAAUAUGGUGUAUAUCCAUUAACCGCGUUGGGCGGUAAGAAACCGCCACAUUUUCGUUCACGCGCCGCAUCACCAGAACGUGCCGACUCCGUCAAAUCUGCUACGCCUGAGCCAGUGGACAUUGAGUCACGUCGCAUAGUGAAUAUGAUGUGUAGUGUAAAAAAAUUGAAAGAGGAUAGUAGUGAUAUUGCAAUGACGAUAUUGCUACGCAUGGACGACAAAAUGAAUAGGCAGUUGACGUGUCAGGUAACGGAAGCCGAUUCGGCAUCCGAUCUCACUAGUGAAUUGGUGCGACUAGGUUUUGUGCAUAUAGACGAUCAAGAUAAAAUUCAAACGCUCUUAGAGGAGACUCUGCGUGGCAGUUUUGCUGUUAAUGCCGGCGGAGUCUGUCCAUUUGAGCAGGGCGCACAAGCGCUUACCUUUAGUGCCACUAUAAAUGAGCACAUGCCAGGAGGUGUGGGUGUAACUAUUGGUGCAAGUGGUGCUAAUACCGCCACCAACGUGGGUGUAGUUGGUGCCAGUGCGGUUGCCGGUGGCGGCUUCAACAAUUGUGAUGGUAAUGUGAAUGCGCAUGGAAAUGCUAGCAUGAAGCCAGCAACAACUGCAACUUUGGCGGCGCUCAAUCAGAUGGAGCGUAAUUGGUCUGUGGCCGACAUGGAUCCCAGUUCCGCAUUGGCGAAUGCAAACAUGCAAGCAGCCAGUAUGGGUGCAGAAAUUGCAGCCACCAUGUAUCAUAUGCAACAUCAACAGCAGCAGCAAUUGCAGGAGCAGCAGCAGCAGCAGCAACGUCAUGUACAAACAUUGCCACCACAGAUGCAAUUGCAAAUCGAAAUGCCCGUUCAACAACAACAACAACAGCACCAGGUGCUUAGCACAUCGACGCCACCAGCUGGCGCACUGCCACCAUCAUAUACAGGGCAUACACAACAACAAUUUCGACAUGAGUCUUUAGGGCAGCAAAACGAUGGAACAGUGUCGCCCUUAAAUGUCACAGUGAAUAGCAUAAAUGCACCACAUCAAGCACAUUAUGCACACGCCCAGCAGCAAAUUAUUCACUCUUCCAAUUCAACAGAAAUAACAACAAUUUCCGCUGCCGCACCACCAUCAACUGUAACCGCCACAAACGCCUCGAACUCCUCAGCCUCCACCACUAUCAAUUAAUAAAUAGUAUUUCUUGAUAAUAAACAUUUAUAUACGCUAUAUUGAUAUUCAUAAAACUGAAGUGUAGUAGAAGAACAUAUAAUUAUGUAAGAAAGAUAGCGCGAAAAUUUAUAUUUUUAAAUUGCAAGCCAGAGCAUGGACGCCACGCAGUAGUGACGUAUACUGAGUCGCGUCUUUUAGUCAGUCAGACAAUUGUUUUUUUUUUAAUAUUAUUAUUAUUAUUAUUCAUUAUAUGUAUAAUGAUUAUGGAUAUUUUUAUAUAGUCUACUAAAGGAAAAAAAGUUUUUAAUUAUAUUUCGAAAAUGAUAGAAUAAAAACUCAAAAAAAUAAGAACUAAUUUUAAAAAUGCUAAAAAUAUAAGCAAAAAGCAAAGACAAACGAAUUAAUAUGCAGAUUUAGUUAUAAAUUGUGUAAGGCUUCCAGCUGAGAAUACGCAUGCGCAGCGGCUAUCUAAGUAAAUAGUUCGGCACUGGUGGCCUAAAAUACUGUAUUUCAUGCCUUGCCGCAGUAGCAACAGCGCAGAGGAGUACAGAAAUAGCAAAUAAUAUACACAAACCGUCGGUCCGGUGAGCAACAAAAAAAGAACAAACACAUGCUGACGCUAACAUCGGUGAGAAAAUUUCGCCUGAUUCCAUUGUUUUGCCAUUUUGCCAACCGCAAUGUCAAUGCAUGUGUGCUCAUAUUUAUGAAGUAUGUAAUUGUUUAUUUGUGUUGACCGUGGCACGAUGAGGUUCUGAAACUUUAUAUGUUCCAACUGAUCAAUGUUGUUUAUCAUAAUGGAACCCAUAUAGGCGUUAGCUUAAUACAAAUAUAUAUUUAUUGUAUUUAAAAUUAUGAAUACACUGCAAAAAAAAAAAAACAAA